AGGUGUUGGCACUGUCAAUAUGAUUAUGCUGCCUGAUUAGAUCUUCUUACCUAAAAUUUCAUUUAGAAGAAAUUAUUCACUCGCAGUCACUUUGCUUCCCAUAUAUCGGAUAAAAUUUGUUGUGUUAGUUUUACUAUCAUUAUCAUCUGCAUAACUAUUUUAGAUAAAUUUCAUGAUUUCUCAGAAUUCUCAUUUCAUUUUAGUGUUUUGGAUAUAGUUUACUUGAGUCUUUUGAAACGAUUUCUUGCUACAUUAUCUUUGAUUUUCCAUUUCUUUUCAACAACUUCCACGUUAAUUUAUCUUACCUGUGAUGCAGGACGGUUUAGAGUCUCCUGAUGCAACAAGACGCAUGGUGCAUAUAGAUCAGAUAAGGGAAUUUAGGAUUCAAAUAUCACGAAUUACUAAAUGUGGGAGCAUACUUUCUCUAAAUGCAAAAGUAAAUUCGAGAAUUAGAAUCCAAAUGAUAUUGUAAUGAUAGGGUAAAUUUAAAGAACUUAGCAACAAAUCUGAACCACAUAAAAUCAAGUAGCAAUUGUAAUUUAAUCACCACAAAUAAAUUCUCAAUUGUAUAAAAUUUAAAUAAAAUCAAUUGUACUAAUAAGCCAAUAAUAAAGUAUUUAGAAGAAAUUUAAUUCAUGAUCUCAUCCUAUUAUAAGGAGAUGACUUCUCCAAAUAUUUUUUAUUAUACUGCACUCAGAUGAAGCACAUAUCCAACUUGCACACAAGAUUGAAGUUUGAGAGGGAAAUUUUUAUUCCAGCAUUUUUUGGCAUGCUCAAAACAUCUAAAUAUAGAUUUCUCAUCCCUAGGUUAAUAGAUAUAGUUAGUAUAAGAUCAACCAAAAUAAUGAAAUUAAAAAAACCCUAAAGUUUAUACUUUUUCCCUUAGAAGAGACAAAUUACAGGUUCACAAUGGCAGAAUUUGUGAACUACAAACCAGCCAUACAUGGCAUUAACAGGAAUUUUGUAACCCAUAAAUAUAUUUAGCGAAAACGUGUUAUAGACCUAGAAACAAUCUCAAAAACUAUAUUUUUAGAAAGAAGUGAAGUCAGAUCGCGAUUAUAGUCUUAUUUGAAAAAAGUCAAUUUUAAUGAAUUGAGCUUUGAUAUCACCGUAAUGACACCCCAAUAGGAAAGUUAAAUAGUACUUUAAUUGAACUUGAAGGUAACCAUUGAUCAUGCCAACUUGAUAUCAUACCAACUCCUAUAAAUGAACCUAAUAUUAAAAAAUAAAUACUCCUUUUCUCAAGGCCUUCAUUAUUGGGCAUGUCUCUUAACUACUUGAAAUUACAUAAUAAAUCAAUUAAUGAAAAUAUGUAAAUUUUACUUCUAUCAUUAUUUGAUGUGAUGCUUCCAGCAUGAAUAAUCACAAAUUUCUUUAAAUAUGGCCAUCAUAAGCAAAAUUGGUUUUGAAUUUAGCCUUUGACAUUUAUCAAGCAAAUUCUGUUAGAUUUUAUGUCCUAAAAAUUAGUCACGAGUCUUCAAUAAAUUAGGCCUGUCUUUGUUUGUGAACAGGAUAUUUUGUUGAAUUCAUCAACAAUAGUGAAUGCAAAAUUCCUUCGAGAAUAAGCUAUAUUGAAUUAUAUGGCAGAGAAUUAGAUGUCAUUUCUUAUAAAAGCAGUGGAAAAAGAGAAGACCGCUAGGAAUUGACUGUAGGGUCAUGAAAUAUGACGCAUUGAAACCUAGAUUAAUAGCACAUUUUUUUGAAACAUUCAAUUUGUUGGCAUUUGUUUCCAAGCAUUACAAAAUUUUAAAUGAUACUGCCUUCUCAUUUAAUUUCUUAAAUAUUUUCAAUGAAAGUAUUUCUAAUUUAAAUGCACCAUGACUUAAUCACUAAGUUUUAAGCUCUAGAUACCUCCUAUUCACAUCAGCCACUUAUAUUUGUCAUAGUUAGCAACUAUUUUGUUGAGAAUAUCUCUACGCAAUUCAAACAAAUCAUGAAAAUUAUGCACAUGAUAUGAGAAAAAUAAUAAAUGUUGAAAUUUAAACGCGCAUUCUAAUAGAUAUUAAUAGUAAGUUAUUACGAAAUCCUAGAAAUUGAAAUACAAAUAAAAUUGUAAGUAGGCAAAUUACGUAAUUAUGAUGUGCAUAUGUGGAUGAAAAAUCUAUUGAAGGAUAAUUAAUCUAUAUAGUUUAAAUUUAAAUUGUGAUGACUUUUACACCUUUAAAAUUAACUAGAUGGAUUGUGUUUCAAAUUUCUUAUUUUUUAGGAUAUUUGGAACCAACAAAUUCUCAGAAAUAUUGAUGCCACAUAGCUUUUGUCAUGGGUUCAUUCAAUGAAUUCGUUUGACACUAACCAAAGAAAAAAUCAAUAGCAAUCUGAUUAUUAAUCAUAGGAAAAAUGGCAAAAGAUAAUUCAUCAAGAACUAUUUUUUUAUUGCUCAUUUAAUUUAUCAACUACAAUAUAUGCAUUUGGUUCAUCUUUACAUUCAGAAAUAGACUUAAUACUUCUAUGUAGUUUUGAUACAAAUAUGAUCGUGCCCAAUUUUAAUUUCAUAUUCAAAUUUUGACUUUUGACCAAGUGUAGAUUAAGGGUGCGUUUGGGACGGCUUCACGGCUGCUUUGCUUUAUAAAAAUUUAUUAAGUGCUCAUUUGGGACAUUGCGGUAGAACAAAGUUAGAAAAAUUUCUGCUGUCCGCCGCUGCUUCUCGCGACCUUCCAUUGCGUCCCGCGGUCCGUUGCGGCUCACUGCUUUCCGCCGUUUCGAAGGGCAUAAAAGACGGAAAAGCCGAGUCGCUGCUUCUUCGAUGCGCGCCUUCUCCGAUGGGCAUAUUUUUCUCUGCAGCGUCGUCGUUCUCCUCGUUCAAAAGCUAGGGUUUGCUUUCUGAUUUUUGGCCGCCAUGAGCUCUACUGCAUCUACCAAGGGAGGGCGUGGCAAGGCCAAAGCCACGAAAUUUGUGUCUAGAUCUCAUAAGGCCGGUUUGCAGUUCCCCGUCGGGAGGAUUGCUCGCUUCCUUAAGGCUGGCAAGUACGCUGAACGUGUUGGUGCUGGUGCUCCCGUAUAUCUUUCUGUCGUCCUUGAGUAUCUAGCUGCUGAGGUUCUUGAGUUGGCGGGGAAUGCAACGAGAGAUAAUAAGAAGAAUAGGAUUGUGCCUAGACACAUUCAGCUUGCCGUGAGGAAUGAUGAGGAGCUUAGCAAGCUUUUGGGUUCUGUGACAAUCGCUAAUGGUGGUGUUCUGCCAAACAUACACCAGACCUUACUGGCGAAGAAGACUGGCAAAGGGAAGGGGGAUAUUGGUUCAGCGUCGCAGGAGUUUUGAUUUUGAUUUUUUUUAUUACUUUAUACAUUUGGUUUAAAUAUGUAUAGAGCAAUAAAAUAGUUAAAUUUUAUAUCAAAAUUGUUAACAUAAAGAGUUAAAAAAAUUAAAUUUGAACAAAUUUUAUUCAUCUUCAUAUAUAUAAGGGUAACAAGGUAAUUUGUUGUAAAACAGCAGCAGCACAACACUUCGGUAGUAGUAAUACCCAAACAACAUUGACUGAUUUCUAUACAGCAACUUAAAAAAGCAGCUUUAUGUACAACAAUUUCACAACCUGCUUUACCGACAGCACCAGCCGUCUCAAACGCACCCUAAAGUUCAUGAACAUGGUCUAAUAUAGAUACUUGAUGCAUAUUCAAAGCCAUUAAAUAUAAAUUAUUCAUAUUAUAAUCAUAAAUCAUUUUUGCAUUCAAAAAUAUCCUUUAGGAAUUUUCAUGAAUUAUCAUUUUAUCAAUUCGAUCAGCUUCUAUCAUACAUGAUCUUUAUGUUGAUGUACAAGUAACACAGCCUUAAUAGUUGAUGACAUUAUUUUAUCAUUAAUGACAUGAAUCACAUAAAUGAUAGACGUGUUGAUUAAGACUCCUCAAUAUCCAAAGUUGUGUAAAGCUUAUUUAAGGUAUUUGGUGCAUUAUAGCUUUAUUUACCCUAAUCGUUUACAUAGAACCUUUAGGGAAACAAAUAAUACAAUAACAACAACAUCAAGCCUUUAUCCAUUACGUGGGGUUGGCUAUAUGAAUUCCUUUUUUCCAUUAUAUCCUGUUAAUAGUAAAAUUCUCAUUUAAAUCUAAUAAAGAAAGGUUAUUUCUAACAUUUUCUAAUUAAGUCCUUUUAAGUCCGCCUCUAUCUUUUUAACAUAAGCCAAAUCUAAUACAUCUACUUUCCUAACCGGGUCAUCGGAAGUCCACCGUUUUAUGCGACAAAACCAUCUAAGGUGACUCUCUAUAAUCUUAUCUUACACUGGAGCU